UGAUUGCACAUUGCUUGAAAAGCAGCAAUAAUUCGCUUUAAAAUUGCAGAAUGCAAAUGCAAUUAUUAUAGAUAUGGCAAGAUGUUCAAUUAUUAAAAAACGGAGAGCGACAGAACAAAUUGAGUAGGAAAAUGAAAUAAACCAAAAUUCAUAUUGUGAGAGUGUGUUAAUCAAAUGCUUGAAGUGAAUUUUCAAAUCGAUUAUAAAAAUUGUUUUGCGUCAGAAAAUUCUGUAUAAAGAUUACAUUUGAUAAAUCAAUGUUAUAUGUAAUUAUAUAUUUAAAAAUUCAGGAAUAUUAACUACCAAUUUGAUAGGAAAUAGUGCAGACAUAGAAGGUCAUCAAUAAAUGAACAACAUAACAAAAACGAUUUGGAAAGUGACGGCAAGAAUUUGCAACCAAGAUUUACUAGCACAAUAAAAUUGCAGGACAAUAGAAGGGUAUGGCACCAGUACGAAACGUGACUACUGCUCAGCCUAUAAAACAAACAGAGAUUCAAACGAGUAAACAGCAGACGCCAAUGCAACAACAACCUCACAAAAGACCAUAUAGAUCCACAUUGCGUUACUGCCUUGCCACUGGUCCUGGCUGGGGAGGCGGAGCAACAGUGACAACGUCAACGUCUGGUGCUCGUAGACAGAUAACUAGUAAUAACGAUUACGUAGUAUCAGCGAAUCAACAUAUAAGUGGUGGUGCAAAUGUGAAAUCGGCUAAAACAGCAGUAAUAGCAACCGGUGAAGCAGGAUUUGAUACUGCACACAGUCAAAAUAUUAGUAAAAAUAAUAUUGAUAAUAAUAAUUCAAGAGCAGCAUCUGCGGAAGUGCAGCGGAAACGACAACACAGUCCAGAAGAAGGUUUAACCCAACUUAACGGAAGUGCCGGUGCAUCACAGUUCAAUAUUAGUAAAAACACAUCAUCUUUCUUGCAACAAUUCACUACAACACCUAGCAGUACAACUGGAUCGGAAUCUUUUGUACGUCCCGUAAAAUACGAAAUCCCCGCUGAAAUAAAGCACUUUGCACAAACACAGAAAUCGCUAAACGAAUCUCCUACGACUACAAAAACAGCGUCAAACACUUUUGCGAAAUUGACUAAAGCGAAUAAUAAUUCUUUACUGCCUGUAAAUCUCUUAAACUUGGCUGUCAGUCUAACAACAGCCCAAAUACCAGCCACUCCAACGAUAACCACAGCUGUUGCAACAAAUUCAUCUCAAACGGUUGUUGGUGGCUGCGUAAAUGUUGAGUCUAUUUUACUACAACGUUUGCAAUUAAUAAAACACUUUUUGAGCUUGACCGAACCAUCAGUUGCCAACCUCAAUCAGCGAUUGAAGCACCAGGACGAGGAAGUUACACCAACUGCGAGCGCAUCAAGUUUAGCUGCACAGCGAGUUUUGCCAAAAGUGUUAAUGGUAUACGAAAAUAAACCCGAAAGCAUGGAGCGUGACGUUGUGGUAAAUUCAAACAGUCUUGAAGAUGUCCCUUUAAGUGAGUUGAGCGACAAUCGCGCGCAGUCAAUACAGUCGUUGCAUAGCGUUGAAACUCCCACGCCAGACACCUCUCCAAGCUUUGAUGAACUGCAGCAACGUUUAGAGACAUCGAAUCGCAACAUACAAAAUAUGCAAGAGCAGCAGCAACAACUUUUGCGCUUGCAAAAUGCCGCUAAGCAGCAUUUGAGUGAAAUGGAGCAUCUGCGUCAACAGGCAGGCGCUUUAAGUUUUAACGCAAACCAAGGAAACACUUCGAAUAAUGCUGAGGACACUCCCCAAUAUGAAUCCAUCGAUCAGGUGCACUCAGAUAUGGCAACAUUGGUUGGUCGUAUGAAGAAUCUCACCACGUUCAUACAAAAUCAAAACGAAUUAAGCAAUCUGCUCGGAGAUGAUGGCCCUGAAAUACUUGCCGAACAGGAAGCGCUGCAGCGUAAGCUGGAAUCCUUGCGUGCGCAACGUGAUGAUAUGCGUACAUUGGUGAGCGAGUUGCAGGAUAUCAAUCGCACUGCCGAACGUAGGGUGGGUCAAGGUGCAAGGGAGAAUGAGGACGCUAUUGAUAAUGUACAGCCAACAACAAAUGAAGUAAAGCAUAACCAUGGGCAAUCGCCGUCGAAUGCCGCACGUGUUGUGCCUGUCACUUACACGCGUAGCGUGCCCAUAAAGCUGACGAAUGGUAGCAUAGCACAACCUUCUGGAAAUACACACGAUGAUGAUGAUAGUGGCGAUCCUGCGGAGAAUGCUGCCACUGCAAUGCUUAUAAAGCAGAAAGUGGCUGACAUAGAGACGAUGCGCAUGCAAUUGCAACGUCUGAAAGACAUGAUGGAAACAGUAAAUAUGAUUGAAGCGCGCUCAUCGCGUGAUGUGAAGGAUAUUGGGCGAACACCACCGCGUGAAGUUCGGUCACAAUCGCGUACCACAGGCUCGUCAGGCGCUUCGUUUGAUCGUGAUUGUACACCUGUUUCUGUAGUGGCUGCUCAUCAUCCUAGCAGCGCUGACGACGUCGGUGACGAUUCGUAUCUUAUUCGUAAAAUGCGUAUGAUCAACGACGUAACUUCGGAUUUACGCGCACAGGCUGAAAGUUUGCAAGCCGAGCGUGAUCGGAUCAAGGCAUUGAAAGAGGAAAUUGUGCUGCGUAAGCAACAAGCUGCCGCUGCAGCACAACUUGGUGAGGAUGCAUUAAAGCGUAGCAGUUUAACCCCUACACCUACGCCACGUAAACAACGCGAUCUAGACACGCCGACCCCACCGCUUUCGACAAAUACCGAAAAUGAUCGAGAUCAACUCAAAAUGGAAUACGAGGCAAAGAAAAAGGAAUUCGAACUAUUGUGUCAACGUUUAAACCAAGAUGAUGUCACGGCACAGCCAGAACCAACCACUAAUAAAGCAUCCCGACGCCGUGAUACCGUCUCCGAAGCCGACGAUGAAGCUGAUGGUGAUGAAGAGUUAAAUGAUUCGGAUUUUCUCACUUCGAACGCUACUUCAACAGCACGGCAAUAUUUCACGGCACCACAACAACAGUCCACUCCGGCGCAGCAACAUCGCGCUGCAGCAAAGGCUGCUGUGACUGCACACUCGCAGGCUUCUGGCGCGGCAUCAGCAAAAGUAUCUGUACAGGGACGUCCAAGUCAAGGCCGACGAUUGUCAGUUGGGCCGCUGGUGAAGGAAGACAGCUUUGACACAAAUCAAACGUCAUCCACUGCAGGUGGCCGUCGGCAUUCUACGCUAGCUAACGCUACCAAUACCACACAGGAGGGUACUUCACUUGAAGCUGGUAGCGUACAGUCGGGUAGUUCGCAAUCUGCAUUCUCUAUGCCACCACCAAUGGCGGCCAUGGGCCCUUGUAGUAGUUGGCCACCCCUGCCACCAAUGCCCAACACUUGGAAUCCACAGCUUUACUAUGGUUUUAAUGCCUCAGUCCCGCCGCAACAACUCACAGCAUCACAACCGACCUCGGCAACAACAACUCAUAGUGCAGGUGCACCAUUUGCUCCCGUUGGUUUGCUUCCACCAUCUGCCGUGAAUAGUGACUGCAUUUGCAGCGCGGCGAACAGUGCUACAAACGCACCUGUUGUUACUGGACCGACACCGACUUCGAGUUCCACAAAUGCUGCCGCGCAACUAGCCGCAGACCCAGUUGUAAUGCAGCAGUUUGUGCAAACUCAGCAAAUGCUUAUAAAUUCAGUGUGCCAAUGCAAUCAGAUGUUGUGGCAUCAGCAGCGCGAAAUUGAUGCACUCAAUAACACAAUACAUGUGCUACAGGAGCGUUUACUUGCGUUAACCGGUGGCGUCAACUCUGUGCCACUCACUGAUUUGCCCUACUCCAUGCGCGCCGAAUCUGUGCCACCGCCUACCUUAACUGCAGGGACCUUACCCAACAACCUGUAUUUGAGCAGCUCGAAUCGUGCACAAUCCGAACAGCCCGCUCUCUUCUUGCCCGGCUUGCCGACAGCCACGCGCAGUAGCGCAUUCUCGAACUAUCAACAUCAUCAGCAACAACAAUAUCAGCAGCGUCAACAGCGUGGGCAUAUAACGACUGCAGGUGGCGCAACUGCUACCAACAGCUAUAACUUCAGCAGCGAAGCACAACAACACAGCAACAUUGCGACAGCAAACAGCACUAACGGUCUUUACAGUACACUAAAUAACGCUGCACCACCACCGCCCAGUCAAGCACAAUCGCAUUACAACAAUGAAGUGCCGCAAUCACCACCAUUGCAGGGAGGUGCUGCUGGGCCAGGACCGAUUUUCAUGCAUCAUCACAACAAUGCAAUACAUCAAAAUAACGCCAAUUUGCGUACACAAAAUCACUAUGCCAACAAUUUGCACCAACAGCAUCAGCUCCAACAACAACAACAUGGGCAUAGUAACAUCAACGUUGGCGGCGGCAAUACGCUGAAUAAUCAAGUUCCACCUGGUAAUCGUGCCAACAAUUAUUGGGACAAUUUCCGAAGCUAUUCGCGGCAAAACUUGCUUUCGACUAAUUCGAAUAAGAGUAAUGAAGAGCAGCAAAAUCAGCAAAAUCAGCAACAGCAUCAACCUCAGCAUUAUCUUCAGCAACGCUUGCUUGAACAGCUUGAGACACCAGCGCCAGCUCAUUAUCGCGCCCAACCGCAGCCACACCACCGCCCAUCAACUGGAUUGCCAGCAGCAGCAGCCCUGACAACCAGUAACUUACAACAAUUGCAGCGCCAGCAACAACAGCAGGAAGAAGCGGCGCAACAGCAACAACAACGGCCAGCGCAAACUCAGGCACCGCUAUACCGCGCGGUAGCCGAUAGCAAUAGCAACAGUUGCAACAACCUAAAUUUUGAACGCAAUGCGAGUGACAACAAGUAUUUGCGCACCUUGCAGCGGUCUCAUAUCAACAGCUAUCAGCAGCAGCAACAACAACUUGGACUCACAAAUUCAUUGUAUUCCAAUCACAACAACCUAUAUCAAUCAUGGCCACCGCAUACUAACGGCGCUACUGCUGGCACCGCCUGCGCUAAUGCAAACAGUGACGCUAACACUGGUGGCAUUGAGGUUUACGAUGGCUACAACAUUAUUGACAGCGACUUGACGGCGCCAUAUGCGCACUUGAGCAGCAACUCAAAUUCCAGCAACAUGUUGCGCAACAUGAAUGUCAACUUCGGCAACAGUCCGCAUUAUCAACGCAACAAACUGUUGACUAAACCAAAUUGUCGUGGCGCCGAAGCGAUGGAGCAUCACAACCCGAAUAGGGCACUACAACAACAACACCAACGCAUGCUGUCGCAACACCAACUAGCAUUACGUGCACAACAGCAGCUUGACCAAUCCACGCUGCGGCCUAUACGCAAUAUGGCCGCCUUCACUCAAGCGCGUUAUCUAGACUUAUUGCCAGCCACAGUCAGCGAAGCGGUUGCCACGGCCGAGGCGCAAUUACGCAAUCGCGAAAGUGUCGAUAUGUUGCUACGCACUAUAAUCGCCGACAAUGACGACGCUGUAGCAGCGUUGUCCACAACGGCCGGUGGCAAUACUACCACUUACAGUUCGCCAUACAUGCCGAACGCUAAUGGGGCACUGCUGAUGGAUGGCAACGAAAUCGGCAACAAUACACCAAAUAUUGACAAUGAGAAUGCAGAUCUUGAGGCGGAAGGGGAAACCGAGCUGAAUGCGCAUGUGGAUAUGUUGCUUGAUGAGGAUGACGACACCACAUCGGAGGAAAUCAAACGUAAUUUGCUGGUUAAUGCGUUGAAAAAUGACAAGUUUACUACAAAAUUCUACGAGUCCAUAAAGGAGGACGUUUUUCGCCGCCUCGAACGCAUGUUACUGGAAAAAGAGUCGGCUGAGAGCAAUUGCCAGCAGGGCGGAGCACAAAUUCGCAACGGUUUGACUGGUGCCAAAGGCACUACACGUACCAUCGCCAUUGAUGGGCCCAAUGAAAUAUUAGGCGCUUCCUCGCUACAGCGCGACCCAACACGCAAAUUUAAUUUAAAUGCGCGCAUGGGCAAUCAACAGCAGCAGCGUCUGCAUCAGCAGCACCAACAACAAAAUGUUGGCCCAUCGCCAGUCCACUUUGAUGCAACUGCAGCGCCAUCAGCAAAUGCAUAUCAAAUCAAACAAGAGUCAAACGGUGAUCACGUGGCUGAAGAUGAUCAAUACGUGUCUGCGUCGGCUGCAUUUGAUGCGCAGGCGAAUAAUCGUCAAGAAACUGCAGCUGAGGAUAAUGCAGAAGAAGACGAAUAUGGCGCGAAUAAUGCGGACACUGAAAGCAACAAAGCGGAUAAUGAAGAUGCGGCAGCAGCUGUAGCUGCAGCGACAGCGGAGGAAUUAGCAAACAGCCCGAAUGUGCCCAUGUCGGGCCUUAGGCCAGCUAGAGAAAACGAACAACCGGAGGAAGACUUUGAAUGUUACAAUAAUAACAGCGCCGGAAACAAUAAUUUUGCCAAUGGUGACUCCGCGGAUGUUUGUCGGGCACGCCAACAAAAAGUCACCGCCAAUGACGGAAAAUCCGAACGCAACAUAGGAAAUUGGCGACAAAAUGUGCUGAGUCAUGUUGAGUCUAAUAAAGGCAACAAAUCAACAUCGAAUGUUGGUAAGAAGCGCAAAAACCAGUUGGAUAAUGCAACUAAAGGCGGUGGGGGCGGUGAUGCAGAGACUUUGCCGCUAUCUGCGGUCGGUAACAACUCGGCUGACAACAAUAUGCGUCCGGCUCAUUACACCGACCUUAUCGCCUCCAUAAUUACGCGAAUUUGCAACCAAACACAUGCCAACACCCAAAUCAACGACACAAUUCUGGUGGAGAUCGCCAAACUGACCGCCAGUGCGGUACAAAAUUUUACACCCACACUUGCAAACUGCAAGUCACAGACCAUUCCGUCACCACACAUUUCGCCUAAGAAAUUUUAUAUGAAAAUUAAAAAGCUUAGCGUUCCACGGCAACGUGACGAGUUCCUGCAAUGGUAUCAAAAUUAUUUGGAAUCUCUCUUUCCGGGUGCGCGUUUGGAAGCCCAAAGGCGGCGCGAGGAGUUAAGGACUGGCGAUAUUGCCGGAGCAACAACAGCUUGCCUGGAAUUGCCACGUGCAUGCGACAAGGUGGAAAACCACCAGCAUCAGGUGCAACAACGUCAGUCACAACAACAAAAACAGCUACAGCAGUCGACCAAUGCCAGUGGCAAUACAAAUAAUAACGACGAAGACUUGGCUGAGGCUGAUCAAAAUUCAGCAAAUAGCAGCAGCAACACUACUAUUGCUGUUGCAGAGGAACACCAGGAGGAGCAGCAGCGUGAUAAACAAAUUUGUUUGCGGCGUGAAAUUGAAUUUGAGAACAAUGAAAAUCCAGACGCCGAUGUAGAAAGUAAUGGUGCAAAGGGCAGUACAACCGGUCAGAGUAGCAUUGACGCAAACGGUGGUGGUAGUGCAUAUGUUACAGUGCCCCUGUCAGCCGCCACUGUUGCCGCUAUUGAAGUAACGGAGGACGCAAUUAAUGCUGCGGUACAGCAACAUGAUUUACUGCGCUUCACCUCGGAUGUAGGAAUAGGAUUUUAUAGCACAUAA